AUGCGCUGGAAUGUGUUUCUCCGCCCUGGAAAAGUGGUGUUACUGACUGAUCUGGUGAAGGUUCACUCGCGUGAGUGUGCCAUGUUUCUGCUUCAAGCGACGCACCGACAAACGUCAUGUCGGAUAUUAGAUUUUGAAGGUCAAGUGUGUCGACUACUUUGGGAUGAGUGUAUUGAGCUCCAAGGACCACAAGAUGGUCGCGUUAUUGUGUGUCUUUUACACUUUCCGUACACACACGAGCUGGUUCGCCUUCGCAAGGGCGCUACGAUUAGAGUGAGUGCUGCCCACGUUCUCCGUUGGCCGACACCUGUAGGUGGCAAUCUGGUGCUGGGACUAUGUCCUCGGAGUCAUCUCGCAGUUACUAGCUACAGUAACCCAAGUGAACAUUGCAUUGCUAUUGGAACGCGAUCUCGACGAGGCAAAACGCACAAGAAAUGGUCAAGUUUGGGAGAUUUCCAUCGUCAAUCUAUGGUGUUGUCUAUGUGGCUGUUGGAGGUUCUGGAGCUACUGGAUUCCAAGUUUUUCUUCGUCGUGAUGAAGUCGCCACGACACUCGGGGCUCUGUUUCUAA